CAGCGGGACAGCCAAAACCUCUCUCUCUCUCUCUCUCUCUCUCUCUCUCUUCACGCCACCCAUCACUCUCCUCCCGCCUGCUGCUCCCUGCCUCCACACUCCCCACCGCCCACAGGUCGCUUGCUUGCUCGCUCACGCCAAAACCACCGCGCCGAAUCCAAAUCGAAUCAAGUAAGCGAGGAAGAAGCUCACACCGAGGCUAGUACCAAGCUUGGACGAGGAGGCAGAAUGGGAGGCCCCCUCGGCGCAAUCAUAGGCCGGUACCCGUCGGCGGCGGGCGGGGGCGACGACCAGCUGGGAGGCGGCGGCAUUAUACGGCACAACCGCAGGUGCCGCGAUGUCGCCUUCCUCGUGCUCUUCGCGGGCUUCUGGGUCGCCAUGAUCGUCAACUCCAGCUUCGGAUUCAACCAGGGCAACCCGCUCAGGCUUACUUACGAACUGGACUACAAAGGAAACAUUUGUGGUGACAAGCAUGGUGACCCAAAUUUGCACGAGCUUGACGUUAGAUAUUGGAUGAAUCCGAACCAGGUCUACCAAAGUGGGCUCAAGAGCAGCAAGGUUAACCUUGCUGAUGCCAAAGCCAUCUGCCUUAUGGAGUGUCCGAAUCCAGCUGUAGAUGCAUUGAACUUUGUUUGUGAUUAUCCAGAGGGGGACAUACACCUCUCUGUUGAUGAUUGGAUCAACAGGGACUAUGAUUAUUUCGAGUUUCUCACACCAGACAUGAGAAAUAGUUCUCUUCAGCUCCAGGGUCCAUGUUAUCCUGUCAUAUUUCCAACUGUCAACGUCUAUUGGAGCUGCCAAUUUAUUGCCCGGGCAUCCAAUGUAUCUUUGAAGCAUUGGCAGCAGAUGGGCGGUGUCAGCAUUGAUGAAAACAUUCUCAUAGAUAAAACAGUGCACAAGGCCAUCGAUUCUAGAUCAGCUGUAUUAAAGAGAUAUGUUGCUGACAUUGGGAAAUCGUGGCCUGUGCUUAUCGUUUGUGGUGGAAUCCUCCCUCUUUUCUUGUCAGUGAUCUGGUUGCUUAUGAUUCGUUAUUUCGUUGCUGCCAUGACAUGGAUAACAGUAGUUCUCUUCAAUGCCCUUGUUAUAUCUGUAACAAUGUUUUGUUACAUUAAAGCUGGCUGGAUAGGCAAUGAUCCCUUAACUGUUGUCAUUGGCGAAAGCGAUCCGUAUGUUCACAUAAGUGGGCGGGAAAUAAGCCACCUUCAUACUGUUACAAUUUUCAUGACAGCGAUAAUGAUCAUUGCUUUCCUGUCCUCAGUAGCUAUUGUUCGCCGAAUACUGAUAGCAACACCGGUCUUAAAGGUUGCUGCAAAGGUCAUUGGUGAAGUUCAGGCACUAAUAAUUUUCCCGGUUGUGCCAUAUUUUAUCCUUGCUAUCUUUUAUAUGUUCUGGUUUUCUGCCACACUCCAUCUCUUCAGCUCCGGUCAAGUUAUCCGAAAUGAUUGCAAUACAGAUUGUUGUUCAUAUGAUCUAAAGCUGGGGAAAGUAAAUUGUGACAACUGCUGUGGAUACAGCAUCCAUUUCACCCCACAUAUUAGCAUUGCCAUUCUUUUCCACUUAUUUGGAUGCUACUGGGCCACCCAAUUCUUUCUGGCAUGCUCUUCUACUGUGAUAGCGGGAUCAGUUGCUUCAUACUACUGGGCACGUGGUGAAAUAUCACACGAGAUACCAUUUGUUACUGUAAUCUCUUCAUUGAAGCGUCUGCUGCGCUACAGCCUUGGAUCUGUUGCUCUAGGUUCACUUGUUGUAUCUGUUGUUGAGUGGGUGCGGUUUAUACUAGAAUGCCUCCGCCGCAGGUUGAAGCUAGUUGAUUCUGCUCGGGAAAGUUGCUUUGAGAAAGCGGCAUCUUCCUCUUCUCAAUGCUGCCUGGGUUGCAUAGACUGGACCCUCAAGUCAGUAAAUCGAAAUGCCUAUAUAAUGAUUGCCAUUACUGGGAAGGGCUUCUUCAAAGCUUCUGCUAUUGCAACUGGUUUGAUAAUGAAUAAUAUACUGCGUAUUGGAAAAGUAAAUGUCAUUGGAGAUGUUAUCCUCUUCCUGGGGAAACUGUGUGUGAGCCUAUUCUGUGCACUUUUUGCCUUUCUGAUGUUAGACACUCACAAGUACAAAUCGGCACACAACAAGAUAUCAUCUCCACUUAUUCCUGUAGUGGUAACAUGGGUCCUUGGUUACAUAGUUGCCAAGCUUUUCUUUGCAGUGGUUGAGAUGUCGAUCGACACCAUAAUCCUUUCGUUCUGCCAGGACGCUGAAGAGCACCAGGGGAAUGCGCAGUACGCACCCCCUCUUCUCAUGGAAACACUGGAUGAACAGAGCGAACUGCAAAGACUAACUCAAGGACCUUGACUUUUAAUUCCUCAUGGGUACUAGAGUUAAAAUGGAAACUUAGUAGCAGCCUAAUCAUUUACUGUAUUUCCCCCUUCUCUUGGCCUGUGGCGAGGUUCACCAUUUGGCUACUCUACUUUCUUCUACAAGUCUGAGUCUGACAGGUUGUCCUGGCCUAAUUGGCAAGUGUAGGCACCUUAUCUAAUAUAUGUACUAUCGCUGAUACGAUGUUAGUGAAGAAGGUUGAAAUCUAUAUGUGAGUUCAUCUAUUCA